UAGUGCGCAUGCGCGUAUCGUGUUGACGAGCUCCUUACCAGCCUCUGUUUAAAACAUGUCGGAAAAGGGAGAAGUGGAUUUAACUGGAGCCAAGCAGAACACGGGGGUCUGGCUGGUGAAGGUUCCCAAGUACCUCGCUCAGCAAUGGGCAAAAGCUGCCGGCAAAGGCGACGUCGGGAAACUCCGCAUCUCCAAGAAAGGAAACCAAGGAAAAGGAGAGGUGAGUUUCACUCUGAAUGAAGAGCUGACGGUGCUUGAGGGGAUAGAAGCCAAGACGGCGUCUGUACCCCGCGAGCACCCGUUCACCAUGCAGUCAGUGGGGGGGCAGCUGCUGGCGGUCUACUCUGAGAACCCGGCAGGCCAGUCAGAAGAGAGAUCUGAUGGCAGCAGCUCAGGGGCGGGGGCAGGUCCAGAUAAAAUAGCCUUGGAGGGAGUGGUAGUGCAGAGAGCCGAGUGCAAACCUUCUGUUAGUGAAAGUUACAUGAGGCUGAAGAGGAUACAAAUAGAAGAGUCCUCUAAGCCGACCAGGCUGUCGCAGCAGCUGGACAAGGCCGUCACCAGCAACUACAAACCUGUGUCCAACCACGCUUACAAUCUUGAGUAUGACCGGAAAAAGAAGGAAGAGGGCAAGAGAGCCAGAGCAGACAAGCAGCAGGUGUUGGACAUGUUGUUUUCUGCUUUUGAGAAGCACCAGUUCUACAACAUCAAGGACCUGGUGGAUAUCACCAAACAGCCUGUGAGUUACUUGAAGGAAAUCUUACGAGAUAUCGGCAACUACAACGUGAAGGGAACACACAAGAACACGUGGGAGCUCAAGCCUGAGUACCGACAUUACCACGCUGAUGAAAAGACUGAUGAAUAGUAUCUGAUCCUCCCAAGGUCAAGCUCUGAGCUCUUCAUUCCUACGAGCUCAGUCCUGGUUUCCUUACAUCAGGUUUCAAAACACAGGAUGAUGCGUCCAAGCUAAAGUUGUUUUUCUAGGAGAGGUACCGCUUCUUACUUAGGAUCGAAGGUAAACAACUUGACGUUUAUAAUCUGGUGUGCAGUCUCUUCGGAUCCAGCAGCCCCUGAAGGUUAAAUCCCCCGGUAUUUGAUUUAGAUUUUGUGCAUCUGGGGCAUUGGACAGUUUUCCAUGAAGCAGAAGAUUCACUGAAUUUUAUUAUUGUUUUGAAAUGCGUAUGUUGAUUUGAAACUUUAAUGAUUUGACGUGUGUUCCUAGACUUUUACAGGCUUCCCGACCAUUACUUUGAAAAAAUAGAUUCGGCCUGAAGUUACAUUGGCAAUAUUUUUAGACUUGUGCCAUUUUAUGUCCCCACAUUGUUUCAUGUUCGCUGUACAAUUUGUAAGUGUUUUACAUCUGAUUAAAAUGUCUAAUAAAGUUUCAAUACAAACA